AUGAAGAAAUGGGCCGAUGAGAAGAGGCGACCUUUGAAGUUCAAGGAAGGGGACAAAGUCAUGGUGAAGGUUUUAUCAUGGAAACUGGGUGGCAAAAGUAACGACUGCUGUUCAUGGGAUGGUGUCGAAUGUGAUGAGAAGACUGGUCAUGUGAUUGGCCUUGAUCUUAGUAGCAGUUGUCUCUAUGGCUCUAUCAACUCCAGUAGUAGCCUCUUUCAUCUUGCUCAUCUUCAAAGUCUGAACCUUGCAAACAAUCACUUCAAUUACUCUCGAGUUCCUUCUGCCAUUAGGAAUUUUCCAAGGCUCAGUUUCUCUGGGGUGAUUCCAUUUUCAGUUAGUAAUCUUCGGCAGCUCAGUUAUUUGGACAUUUCAGAAAAUAGGUUUACUAGUCCAGUCCCUGCAUCCUUAGCAGACCUUACCCAGCUUACAUAUUUGUCACUUUCUUAUAAUAAUCUUAGUUCCGGUCCUUUGUCUUGGGUUGGCAAGCAAAAUAAACUUUCUACCCUAGAACUACGAGGCAUCAAUUUAAAUGGUAAUAUUCCAGCUUCCCUUAGCAACCUCACACAGCUCAAUUAUCUUUAUCUUCGUGCUAAUGAGCUAACUGGUCCAAUCCCACCUACGCUAGGCUUUGGCCAACCUCAAGCUGACCAACAUGUAGUUGUUCUUCCCUGGCUUAACCUACGAGUGUUGAGCUUUUCUAACAACUCGUUCCUUGACUUGUCAAACAACAACUUGAGUGGCAUGCUUCCACAGUGUCUUGGGUACUUUAGUGAGGAUCCGGCUCCUCUAAAAGGAGCCGGAUCCUUCUGGUUGGGAACUCUUCCAGAGUUGAAAGUUUUGGCAUUGCGCAGUAAUGGAUUCCAUGGUGUGUUGGGUAAACCUGAAUACAGUCAUGGUUUCCCCAAGUUGCGCAUUUUUGAUCUGUCUCACAAUAAUUUCACAGGUCAGUUUCUGAUUGACUACAUCUUUUCUGAGAAUGCUAUGAUGAGAGUGGACAUCAAUGUGAACCAGUCAACAUAUAUGAGGGCAAAAAAUAAUUUUGUGGCCAGUGGCUUUUACAUGUCUGGUGGUUUUGCUUACUCAAUGAGCAUUGCAACUAAAGGUUUGGAGUUGAACUAUCCAAGGAUUCAAGAAGCCUUUGCAAUCAUUGAUAUCUCAAGCAAUAGAUUUGAAGGGAGUAUCCACGAAUUAAUUGAGAAUCUUAAGGGGCUUCGCUCUCUCAACAUUUCCAAUAACUUCUUCACUGGUUCCAUUCCAUCCUUCAUGGGAAACUUAACACUGCUUGAAUCAUUGGAUGUUUCCCAAAACAAGCUUUCAGGGGAGAUUCCUCAACAACUGAUGCAGCUCACUUUCCUUGCCAAGUUCAAUGUCUCCCACAACAAUCUCACCGGUCCUAUACCACAUGGAACCCAGCUUACUUCCUUCGACAUCACUUCCUAUGAAGGCAACCCAGGAUUGUGUGGAGAUCCAUUGCCGAAGAAAUGUGGAAGUCCUUCACUUCCACCUUCAAGUGUAGAAGAAAAUGAUUCAACUGAACUUAUUGAUUGGAAGUUUGUUGUCAUUUGGAAGUGGGUUGAUUGUUGGAGUAGUUCUUGGCUUCUUGCAGAUCUUUUGAUCACAAGGUUUCCUGAGCGGUUUAUCGAAAUUGUUGGAAUGAUCACACCAAAUAAAAGGAGAAGAAAGAGGAGGAGAAACUAA